AUGACCUGUAAGGAGACCUUGAAAGGCAUUUUCAAGCCUAGCACCUGGAAGAAGCGGAACAAAGCUGACAAGGAGGUCGAACCUUCGUCUUCGCCUGCUUCGUCUGCACCGAGACAAGAACCACAAUACGACCCUCAACCCGCCAAUACAGUUCAGACCCCCCAAGUUGAAUCUAAUUGCCAUUGCCUCCCGCAAUCCGGAAGCAAGGAUGUCGACCACGAGACUAGCCACGAUGAAAGGAAUGAAAUGGCGGAGACGGAAGAGAUGACGGAUAAGAAAGAGGAUCGUACUGAGCUUGCUAGCACGGUCGAGCAGGAGGAGCUGAAUCACCGAUUGCAUGAUAAGACACUAUGUAACGGGCUUUGGGAAGCAGCUUACCGGAAGGCCGAGCAGGAAGUGAACAAAAGCGUUAUGGCCCAAUUUGUCAAGCUUCUGGUAGAAGCGGAGACUAGUCAAGACGAGCAAGGAACAAGCAAUGGCGAUGCCGAUGAAAGGGGCAAUGAGGGCAAUCUUGAAAAGCUGCAGGAUAUUGUCAAGGACAAACUGGAUGUGAUACAGAAUGCAAGACUGGUCGUCAGGGGCCGAGUCAUUAGGAACGAUGUGUCUGAGAUAUUCGGAACGAUCAAGAUGUUCAAGGACAUCAUCACAGCAACUGUUAGUGCAGAGCCUCAUGCAGCUCUGGCAUGGGGUUGCGUGGCAGGAUUUUUCCCCUUGCUAGAUAAUGCACUAACACAGUUUGAUACCGCCAAGACUGGAUUGAAAAAGAUUUCUGACAUCUUGGUUCGUUGUCGACUCAUAGAAGCAACCCCUUUAAUCUCUAGGGACCUGUCAUCUGAACAUCAGCAGCUCCUUUCUCGGGUGAAAGACAAGAUGAUCGAUCUUUAUUCACAGUUCCUGAAGUAUCAGAUUUCGCUGGUGGCUCAGUACUCUCGCCAUUCCAUCAAGCGUCUUCUAAGGGACGCCGUUCUGAAAGACAAUUGGACGGCCAUGCUUACGAAUAUGAAGAAUACGGAAGAUAGUAUCACUUCUGAUUUGGAAACGCUUAAUAGGAAGAUGAUCACAAGCAUUAAUGAUCAGAUGUCUAGCCUUCGGCAGACUGUGAAGUUGAUUUUGGAUGAGAGUAUAAUGGCUAACGAGCAGAUCAAGCUCCUCGCACAGGACGCCUUGAUCAGGGGACUGCCCGAAGCCGAAUAUGCUGCAUUUGAUACUUAUAGGAAGGACAUGCCCCCUCCACCAUACUGCCAUGAAGAUACCCGGAAAACAGAUUCUCCAGGCAUGACAGGCACUGGCAAGUCUACCAUUGCUCGGACUGUGGCCAAAAUGUUCAAUGAUCAGCUUCUUCUUGGUGCCUCAUUUUUCUUCUCGAGAAGCAAUGCCGAUCGAGCAGAUCCCGGUAGACUUUUUCCCACUCUAGCCCGACAAUUAGCAGAUGUGCUCCCCGGCUUUGCGGCCCACCUGAAAGACUCCGUCCAGCACAAGCAUGAUGUGGCUCAGCAAUCUCUAGCUCAGCAAUGGAGUGGUCUCCUUCUUGAGCCCCUUUCUGCGCUGAGCGACAAAUUCUCGCAAUCGAUGGUUCUAGUCCUUGUGAUUGACGCAUUGGAUGAAUGCCAGAACGGACGCAUAUAUGCUCAGAGCAUAGUAGAGCUUCUGGCGACUGCGAGAACGCUAGAAAAGGUCCAGCUACGGAUCUUUGUGACCAGCCGGCCCGAGGAGUAUUUGUCCGAUGGAUUCACACAGAUUCCUUCAACGACUUAUUGUGAUGUAAUGAUUGAUGAUACUGGAGACGUGACCACAGAACGAGACAUCCGUAUCUUCCUCGAGGAUAAACUGUCCGAUAUUGCUACAAGGGAGCAGCCUAAUGACGGGUCCAAGAAAGCGUGGCCUGGCAAAGAACGAGCAGAAAAGCUUAUUGAACGAUGUGGACGAUUGUUCAUCGCCGCAGCGACUGCCUGUCGAUUGCUUGAGGCUACUGGGUUCCUCGACGCUACUUUGGAUUUGUUGCUCAAUACAAAUAAGCAGCAUGUUUCUCUUACCAAGGAUAUUGAUGAAAUGUACAAAUUCGUCUUGAAGCAGGCAAUCACGGAGCGCGGUUCAGAUAGUAUAUAUCUGAUUCCUCUGUUCCAGCUAGUAGUUGGGUCAGUUAUUACCAUGCCAGAAGCGCUCUCACUGCGUAAUCUUGCCACGCUUCUCCAAGAGUCCUGCAAAGACAUAAAGAUAAUGCUGAAAAAUCUGAGUUCAGUCCUGGUUGUUCCCGAAGAUGACAACUCACGGAUUUCACUCUUCCAUCUUUCCUUUCGUGAUUUUCUUGUUGAUCCGAAACGAUGCGAUGAUGAGAGGCUCAUCAUUGACGAGAAGGAAGCGAAUAAGAAACUUUUCCAUCGAUGUAUGGACAUUCUCCAUGAGAAGGAUAAACUGCGCAGGAAUAUUUGCGAUAUUCGACAUCCAGGAACUGCAGUAGUUGAAAUAUCACAGGAAAUCAUCAACAAGCAUCUUCCCCAGGAGGUCCAGUAUGCCUGUUGGUAUUGGGGUACCCAUAUCACCUGUGCGGGGUCUAUUCAGAAAGCGGAAGCCACACGACUGUUGAUAUUCUUGAAAGAGCACUUCACCCACUGGCUCGAAGCUCUAAGUCUGACGAGGAGGAUGUCGCAUGCCAGUCCCACGAUGACUGAACUGAAGACUCGUGUUCCCCCUGGGGACUAUCCAGAGCUUUUCGAAUAUGUUGAUGAUGGGAGACAGUUCGUCAACCAUCAUGGCAUUGACAUUUCCGAGGCUCCCCUUCAAAUAUAUUACUCUGCCCUUAUUUUUUCCCCGUCAUCAAGUGUGCUGGGAAGGCAAUAUCAGAAAGAAUCUCCCCGGUGGAUAAAACUCACCUCUACUAAUCACGACUCUUGGGGCCAAGCUGAGCGUAUACUCCCGUGCGAUGGGCCACAAUGUGCAAACUUCUCUCCUGAUUCAACAAAGGUCGCAGUUGGUACUUUAUUUAGUGAAGUAAUGGUCUGGAAUCUAAUUACUGGCGAACUGGAGCAACUAUUCCAAGACCAUGAUCUAAUUUCUCCGCAGAAAAACGGUUUGGGGGUGUCAUUUUAUCCCAAUGGCAGGGAUCUAUUGGCACUCUAUGACAAUCACACUGUCAAUACUUUCGAUAUUGUUACAGGACACCUGGUGCGACGAGAAACUAUACCGCUCGGUGUCAAAGACAUUGCGGCUAUCAGACCCUUACCUGACUUAAGAAGAAUUGCCUUCCUUCCAAAGCAUUGCCGAGCAGUGUGCCUCUGGGACUUUGAGAUUGGCGAGACUAAAAUCAUAGAUGGCCAAUUCAAGAAAUUUAAAAAUUGGAUCUUGUCACCCAACGGAGAGCUCAUUGCAUCAUGCUCAGAUGGUCGAAUCAAGUUGAGUAAGAUCAUUCCCCGUGGCAGUGAGGUUUGUGAUACUGAAGAAAUAUUCGCCUGGGAGGUGAAAAAUGAUUACUUUUUCCAUGCUGUCUUUUCUUCGAAUCUCAAAAAGGUUGCCUUUAGGAUCUGUAAUCGCAAGGUACUGGUAUGCGAUUCAGAAAGGGGACCUGAGGAGGUAAUAGAGAUUGAAUCUGGCUGGGUCGGACAACUCUCGUUUGGCUAUGUGGAAGAAAUAGCCUUUUCUCCCGAUUGCACCCAACUGGCAGUGAGCACAAGGGCAGGAACUAUAGAGAUAUGGGACCUGACUACCCGCCACGUUAUCCAUCGGCUACAAGGUAAUUCGGAUGAAGUCAAGAGUUUUACCUUCUCUCCUGAUGGUCGCAAGCUAGUCUCGUUAGCGGAAGGCCAGCAAGCAGUGCAAAUAUGGGAUCUUCAUGGCUUGAGCAAAGUGGGCCAACCACCAGGGUCACCAAUUGACGUGUACAAAAGGAUACUCACUUGUAUCGCUUCCCCAAGUGGACAGAAAGCUCUAUUCACUAGAUAUGGAAUGGGCCCUGAAGUAUGGGACCUUGCCCGUGGUGAAGGCCAACACACACUGGCAGAAGAAAUUCACCUGUUCGCGAAAUUUUCGCCAGACAACGAAUACCUGGCUUUAUAUGCUUAUGACUGCUUUAAGCUGCUCAGCACCACAACAUGGGAACCCAGCCUUGAUCUUUUGACCUUCCAUAGUGGGGCUACUACCUUUUCGCCAGAUAGCAGGAGAGUUAUCCUCCAUGGUAAUGAUGGGAUUUUGCGAGUAUACAAUAAUGCUACAGGUGGGGAAGAACAUGCUAGCCCAAAACGUCUGCCGAUGAGUAAUAUACUUGUUUUCUCACCAAAUGGUGACAUGGUGGCAUCAUCAUCAAACGGAAUUUUGACACUUUGGAGCUUUGGCAAGGAGCCAAUACAAUAUGAUAUUGACAUUGGGUGCGGUCACAUUACAGCCCUCGCCUUUUCUCAUAGCGGGAAGCAGAUCGCAAUAGGUUGUGAGACGGGGUCUGUGAAGAUCUCAGAUCUAAGAACCGGAGAAGCUCUUGCGAAGCAUUUUGGCUUUUCGAUACCCGUUCAAUCUCUGACAUUUGCGCCAGACGAUACUCGACUGGCAGCAUGGAGUGCUGGCAUCAUAACCAUAUGGGAUAUGGCAAGGCUAGACCCAGUCAAAAGAUUAGUAGUCCACCGUUAUAUCUCAAAACGACAGCCGCUCUUGCUAAAUUGGGAAGACCUGGCAAUGUACACUUUUGAAGACGAUCUGAAAUGGGUGACUUACAACGGGAAGAAAAUCGUGGCCAUCCCAGCUGACUUUCGCCCAGAAUUUGUCGAUCUCCCGUCCGCCAGUUCUCUGGUCUUAGUAGGCGAAAAGUCACUUAUUGGCACCUUGCAGUUUUUCCCGAAGUCAGACUAUGAUGACAUAUAG